AAAUCUUGGGUCUUUUUGCCCGUGCGAGUGGAGAGGAGGCUCUGAACUUAAAACUGGAGCGUCCAAGCUAGCUGGAGGAAGAAGAAGACAAGCCCUGCUGGCUGGCUGCUCAAAUCUGAGACCUAUGCCAUGUUGAGUUCUCUUUCUACCUCCUCCUGUGUUGUCGUAUGCAGGCAACCCCUGAAAAAGAUCUCAAUUUCUGUGGCGUCCACGAGUUGGAGGCCAUUUUAUAUCAGGACUCAUUCUCGAUCUCCUCUGCGAGUUCUUGUUUGCUGGGCAAAAUAUGCCGCUGAAUCUGGAGUAGAUGGAUCAUUCAGUUUGAGGAUGGUGCCUCCUAGCCUGUUUGCUGCAGAAAAAGAAGAAGCCAAGGCUGUACUGACACUAUUCUUAAAGAAGCAAGGGUUGAGCAGUGCACUGGCUGCUCGAGUAAUUAAUAAGUCAGAUGCUUUUGUUGAUCACCUUGUCUCGCAACUUCAUUCUGUUCACAAAUCUCGCUACCUAUCUCCCAAACUAAUUUUCCUUGACACUGCAGGACGAGAACUUACAACUCUUGAGAUCAGGGAUGCUCUUAUUCCUUACCUUGAAACCCUCCUUGAGGAAUAUGGAGGAAUCCUGGUGGAUGUGGUAGAAAACUUCCCAAACCCACCUGUGAAAGAAAGUAUAGAAGCAAAUUAUCAAAACCCAAUUACUGAAGAAAAUUUGGAUACAUUAGUUUCUCCCUCUAAUGCCAUCCUUGAUAGCAAGAAGCUGAAAGCCUUGGCUCGGGUAAGUGAGAUUAGCCCAGCGGGAAAGUUUCCUGCACAUGUUUGCUAUCUAGUUGAGCUUGGAAUGGACCUGAAGGCAAUUAGGGAGGUAAUACGCAAAUUCCCGGCUUUUGCCUACUAUAGUUUGGACAGAAAAAUCAAACCACUGGUUGAGUUCCUUCUUGAUCUUGGCAUAUUGAAAUCAGAUAUUCCAACCAUCAUUAGCAAAAGGCCUCAACUUUGUGGGAUUAGUCUCUCUGAAAAUUUAAUCCCCACCAUGGCAUUUUUGGAGAACCUAGGGGUGGAUAAAAGGCAGUGGCCAAAAGUUAUAUACCGCUUUCCUGCCCUUCUUACUUACAGCAGGUCAAAACUGAAAGGAACUGUUGAUUUUCUUUAUGAGGUUGGUCUCUCGGCUGAAAAUGUGGGUAAGGUUCUAACUCGUUGCCCAAACAUUAUAAGUUACAGUGUUGAGGAUAAGCUACGGCCUACAGUUGAAUACUUCAGCUCAUUGGGGAUUGAUGUUGCGCAUCUUCUUCAACGGUCUCCUCAAACAUUUGGACUUAGCAUAGAAGCUAACUUAAAGCCUUUGACAGAAUUCUUUCUGGAAAGGGUUAUAGCAUAG